UAAAUGCAAACGACAUUCAACGGUAACGAAAUUCAAAUUUGAACGAUCCUAUCGCUCACCCAAGCUAGAACCAUUGUCUAAUCUCUCUCGCUCUUCAAUUUUUUUUUCUGUCACCAACAAUUUGCUCUAUUUCCAUCUCACUCUAAAUUCCUUCUUCAUUGCAAAAGACUCCGUCUUUACAUGGAUCGGAUCCAAUCCAACGAUUUUCAGAACUACCCACAAACCCUAAUUUCAGACCAGAAAGAUUCAGUGAUGGAAGAUGCCCAAGACUCCUUGUUCGAUUCCAUCAUUUGUGAUUCCACUUCAAGAAUAAUUCCAACUGGGUUUACCAGAUCUCAAAACGCAGAGGAGUGUGUCAUGUUUGUAAAUGCGGGAGGAGAAGCGUUUAACGAAGCAGAUGAUGGAGUAAAAUUCCUCGGUGAUACCUUUUAUGAUGGUGGCAAUGUUUUUCGCACAAACGAGCAAAUAGUGGCAGGUGGAGAUUACCCAUCUAUUUAUCAAUCAGCUAGGGUGGGAAGUUUUUGUUAUAGAAUUGAUAACCUUCCACCUGGAAACUAUCUUGUUGACCUUCAUUUUGUGGAGAUCAUUAACAUAAAUGGGCCAAAAGGAAUGAGGGUGUUCGAUGUAUACAUACAAGAAGAAAAGGUUCUAUCUGAAUUGGACAUCUAUGCAGUUGUUGGAGUCAACAAGCCACUACAAUUGAUUGAUUCUCGGGUCACUGUGAAGGAUGAUGGGGUGAUUCUCAUAAGAUUUGAAAGUAUAAAUGGAAGCCCAGUUGUUAGUGGGAUUUGCCUUAGGAGAGCGACAAAGGCGUCAGUUCCACCAGAGAUAAGUGAUUUCAUAAAAUGUAACUACUGUGCUGCGCAGAUUGAAAUUCCUUCAUCACAGAUGAAAUUUAUGCAGACAAAAUCUACGGCUAAGUAUGAGAAUAAGAUAAAGGAGCUCACUAUGCAGUGUGAGCUCAAGGCAAAAGAAUGCUAUGAGGCGUGGACUUCAUUAACUGAAACCAGUAGAAAAAUGGAAAAAGUUCAGACAGAGCUUGAUCAAGUGACAUUUAAGUCACUCACUACCGAACAAACUGUGGAGAAACAGGCCGAGAACCUGAGGAGUAUUUCUAACAAGUAUGACCUUGAUCAGAAGAAAUGGGCUGAAGCGAUUACCAGUUUACAGGAAAAAGUAAAGUUGAUGAAGAGUGAGCAAUCUCGGCUUUCCCUUGAAGCCCAUGAAUGUGUCGAUUCAAUCCCUGAAUUAAACAAAAUGGUUUUUGCAGUACAGGAAUUAGUUAAGCAGUGUGAAGAUCUCAAGGUGAAAUACUAUGAAGAAAUGACACAGAGAAAGAAGCUCUUCAAUGAAGUUCAAGAGGCUAAAGGGAACAUUAGAGUUUUCUGCCGUUGUCGACCACUAAAUAAGGUUGAAACAUCAGCUGGGUGUACAACUGUUGUGGAUUUUGAUGCAGCAAAGGAUGGAUGCCUUGGAAUUUUGACUACUGGCUCCACCAAAAAAUCUUUCAGAUUUGACAGGGUUUAUACACCAAAAGAUGAUCAAGUUGAUGUUUUUGCUGAUGCAUCAUCAAUGGUAAUCUCUGUGCUGGAUGGCUACAACGUUUGCAUCUUUGCUUAUGGACAAACAGGAACAGGAAAAACAUUCACCAUGGAAGGAACACCGCAGAAUAGAGGAGUUAAUUACAGGACUCUUGAGCACUUGUUUAAAGUCAGUAAGGAAAGGAGUGAAACAUUUUCAUAUGAUAUAUCUGUUAGUGUGCUUGAGGUUUAUAAUGAACAAAUUAGAGACUUAUUAGCUACAGGACCAACAUCAAAAAGAUUGGAGAUAAAACAAAACUCUGAAGGACAUCAUCAUGUUCCUGGUGUUGUCGAAGCGAAGGUCGAUAACAUAAGUGAUGUGUGGAAGGUACUGCAGGCUGGAAGCAAUGCUAGAGCAGUUGGAAGUAAUAAUGUUAAUGAGCAUAGCAGUCGAUCCCAUUGCAUGCUAUGUAUAAUGGUAAACACUAAAAAUUUGAUGAAUGGCGAGCGUACCAAGAGCAAGCUUUGGCUUGUGGAUUUGGCAGGUAGUGAGAGACUUGCAAAGACUGAAGUGCAAGGGGAGCGACUUAAAGAAGCACAAAAUAUUAAUCGAUCUCUUUCUGCUCUUGGAGAUGUGAUAUCUGCUUUAGCAGCCAAAAGUAGUCACAUUCCGUAUAGGAACUCUAAAUUGACACAUUUACUCCAAGACUCACUAGGAGGUGACUCAAAAACUUUGAUGUUUGUACAAAUAAGUCCAUCAGACCAGGACGUAGGUGAGACUCUGAGCUCACUUAAUUUUGCAACUAGAGUGAGGGGCGUUGAGUUAGGUCCUGUUAAGAAGCAAAUUGAUACAAGUGAACUUCAAAAGACAAAAGCAAUGCUUGAAAAAGCGCGAAGUGAGUGCAGAAGUAAAGAUGAAUCAAUGAGGAAACUAGAAGAAAGUUUGCAAAGCAUUGAGAGUAAGGCCAAAGGCAAGGAUAAUAUCCACAGAAAUCUACAAGAAAAGAUUAAAGAACUUGAAGGCCAGGUUGAGUUGAAAUCAUCCAUGCAAAACCAAUCGGAGAAACAAAUUUCUCAAUUAUGUGAAAAGUUGAAGGGAAAAGAAGAAACCUGCUGUACUCUCCAACAUAAGGUCAAAGAGCUAGAGAAAAAAAUAAAAGAACAACUGCAGUCAGAGACAGCGAAUUUCCAACAGAAGGUUUGGGAUCUAGAAAAGAAGCUGAAAGAUCAGUUGCAAGGGUCUGAGUCUGAAUCUUCCUUUCUAAAAGAUAAGAUCAAGGAGCUUGAGAGAAAACUGAAAGACCAGGAGCAGAACUCAGAAACCUUGCUUAAACAACAGGUGAAGGAACUAGAAGAUAGAUACAAAGAGCGAGAGCAACAGUGGCAACAAACUCAUUGCUAUGUUGAAGCAGUAAAGGCCACACCUGACAUAGGUAAAAGCCGUGGAAGCGAUGGAUGUCCAGAGGAGAUUGAGACUCGCAUUUUAUGCAGUUCAAACACAGUAAACCGCCAGAUAAUUCAAGGUUCUGCUUUGUUUAAAGGGAAUGAUUCUACUCAUCAGAUGAGAAAUAGAAGGCAGUUCAGAAGCAAUGAAAUUGAGAACCAUUUUGCCGUUCCAUCAUCCUCUUUACAUGAUCGAAAAAUCACGAGGAAAUCUGACCCACCUAAAAUUGUAAGGACUGGGAGACUAACAACAACAAAGCAGCCAGUCCUUGCUAGUCAAGUUCCCUUGUCUCAUAAGAGAGCUAGCACAAGCAGAGAUCAAGCUCAAGGAGUUAAAGAGAGGGAAAGUAAGAAGAAAAUAUGGUCAAGAUAGGAGAAAAAUCUCAAUCUCUCUUGAAACAACAUAUUGGAUAUUGGAUAUUAUUUGUGUAAUUUUUACGUAGAAUCUCCAUCUUCUCUUAUGAAGUUAUGAUGAAAGCAUGAUUUGAAGUUGAUUGUUUUCUUUGUUUGGAAAGUACAAUAUACAUGGUCAUGAUUAUGUCAUAUUGAAUGUACAAUUUUACACUAUCUCAAGUAAUGGGUAUUGUUUUGUAACUAUGUUUUCUGAGA